UAUGCCCCUUCUCCCCCCAUUGAUGUGGUGGAGCAGGGCUACCUGCAUUUCCCCAGUGUGAUGGCAUGGUGCUUCUUGACCCAAUACACGGGUGGUGUGCUGCCCGUGUGACCAGAGUGUCAGGAACUUCAGACACUUCCAGAUAUGUGGAAAUGGUCAAGAGAUUUAUUCCAGGGAAAGGACAUACCCCAGAACUGGUUCUGGGAUAUCUGGGGUUAAAUUUGUUUGUACAAUGCAUUCCCAACAUUCUCCUUUCUAGAGUCCCUUCUCUUGACAUUUCCUUUUCCUUCACACAUGCCUCCGUCCCAAUUUAAAAUGUAGGUACAUAUCUGAUUUGUUGACUACAGGCCCCUGUGCAUCAGCAUAUACUUGAGUUCUUGCACUCCAACACGUUUCUUCUAAGAGCUCCUUCCUGCCACUGGACGUUCCAUAUGUCGAUCCUCUGAGACUUGCUCCUACUUCAGUGUGCAACCAAAGUCUCCUCCUCUUCCUGACAAGUAUAAAGCUGACAUUUCCUCAUAUGAAUCGCUCCUUUUGGACAUUGUACAUCACCUUUCUGUUGCUGCCUUCUGUGUAACCCUAAUGUUAUAAAUAUUUCUUUGCUCCUGAAUAUGGCAAAAUUCUUAGCAAAUAUCCUGAUUGAUAGGGUGUACUUGUGUGUAUGCAUAAUAUAGGGGUGUUUAAUAUAUGGGAGAUGUGCAUGGUAAUGUUAAAUUAUGUUAUUUUAAAAGGGACAUUUUAGUUUGGGGGUUGUAAAUAGGUAGUGGGAGUUGUGGAAACUGUAUACCAGUAUAUGGUUUUAAGGAAGAGCGGUAUAUAAUUUAAGAAGCAGGAGGCUGACUUUUCUUUGUAUUUUACAGAUGUCAACUAUGCUGAGGUCUGCAUGUGUCCUAUAUUGAAGUCUGGCUCCACGACUACAUUUUGCUUCACUGUGAACUUAAUCUUUUCCUGUAUUUUACAACACUGUACGUUGUUGAGGUGCAUAUAUCUACUGCUCUUAAUAUUAAAGCAAUAGUUGAUUAUAAACCCUUCAAACUGACCUCUUGGCAUCUUAUUACUGUUUUAGAUUUGCUUCUACUGCUCAUUUUACAAUGGUUUAUUGCUCAGCUUUGAACUGUCAAAAUGCUACGAGUGGGGUAUAUAAGAACAGUACAGUUACUUUCUAUGGCUUUCCUUUACAUAACAAACCUCUCUUGAAGCAGUGGAUUCACAACAUGGGUCGGGAAAUGGGAACUCCAUCAAAACAUCAGCGACUAUGUUCUAAACAUUUUGAGGAUAGUUCUUUUGAAAUUGAUCCUCUAAAAAUUAGGAAAAACCGGCGCCUACUGAAAGAAGCAGUUCCCAAAAAAUUCAUUUUGGGCGAAGACGGAAACUGGCUUGUUGGAACACCUCAAAGUUUCUGUGGUGGAAUAAGUAAUAAAACUCGAAAACGAAUCCGGAAUCCUGAACAUUUGAAGGUCCCAGGGACAUUUGAUAAUGUUGCAGCUCCUGAAGGGAAGAAUUUAGAAGAGUGGCAAAAAGAGCUUUACAAAAAAGUGAUAAAGGACAAUUAUGAAUCUUUAAUCUCACUGGGUAAAGUCUCCAAACAUGAUAUGCAGUCUAGAGAAGAGCUACGUGUCAAGGCUCAGCGGGGCUUGGAGGAAAGAGAAAUGUCUAUGAAUCCUCGCAUAGGAGCAAUAUGACCUACAAGCAUUGUGUGCAUUAUGGAUCAGGAAUGUUUUAUUCUUAGGAGAUUUCCUUUUCCCAAGCAGAUGAAAUGAAUGAUUGGAUUCUUUUUAUUCCAGUGGAUGAUGGGAUUGUGAUCAAAACUGAAGUGCAGGAUAAUGAGGAAGCUCCAGAAAAUAUGGAACUGCAUGGAUCGUUUUCAGGAAGAUCAGAAGACCUGGUUUUCCAAACUCCUGACAAGGGAAUAACUUGCGAGAGUCAUUGGAGCACAGCAACAGAGCCGCUGAAUCUUUCUGGAAGCAGAAUGGGUAACUCGACUCUUGGGAAAGGAGAUUCCAAUACAUUCAAAGGUAUCCUUUUCUACCAGGAGACACCCACAGGAGAGAGACUAUACCUAUGUACAGAAUGUAAGAAAACCUUUAAAUUGAAGAUAGGUCUUUUAAAACACAAGCGAAUUCAUGCAAAAAAGAGUCAGGUAUCAUCAUACAUAUGUACAGACUGUGGAAAAAGCUUUGGUCGCCAUGCAGAUCUUAUUAGACACCAGAGAACUCACACGGGAGAGAGACCCUAUAAAUGUACAGAAUGCGAGAAAAGCUUUACUGAGAAACCAAGACUUACUAAUCACUUACGGACUCACAACAUCUGCCUGUAACCACUGUGGCAAAAGCUUUAUGGGAACUCAUUUUCUACUCAGUCACCAACAAAUCCAUCUGAGAAUAUGGACCAUACACAUGUACCAACUGUGGGAAAAGCUUUUGUGUAAGAAGACAUUUUAUAACACUGAAUUGAACUCAAGCAUGAGAUGGAUCUGUCAUUGUAGCUCAUCUGUUUAAACCUUGAGAAGCAACUGAAUUUAUUAGCUAUCAAAAUGAUUCAUGCAAGGGGGGAGAACGGACAUAUAGAAGUGUAUUGACUAUACCAAAAAUUUCAUUCAAAAAAGCAUAUUCUAAAACACCAACUAACCUGUACUAGAGAGAGAGACUGUAUCAUUGCAGAAAACAUGGGAGAAGUUUGACAUGAGGAACCUUUGAUCACAUCACCAGAGAAUUUACGGAACAGAGCAAGAUCAUUCACAGAAUUUUAGAUAGAAAUUAGAGCUUCAAAGAGCCUUAGAUCAGUUUAAGAGAUUGGGCUUCUUGAUGUUAAAAAUAGGAAAUAAAUGGUAAAGUCCAUUAAGCGCAGUCAAAUGACAGUGGUGCCAGCAGUGAAAGCACCAACGCAUGUUAGUAGUCCAAAGACAAAAUGUAGUUCAAACUUCCACAGUUUAGAGUAAUUUACAGCACAUGAGAUGCAGGCUUCAU